AAUCGAUAAUUUUGGCAGAGUGUAAUAAAAUCAGCUCCAGUUUCAGCUUCCCGUCUCCCCAUGGCGCUCUCGCCAUUUUCAUCCAAUCCUUCUUCUUCUUCUUCAUCUUUUCUUCAUUCUUCAUCGUUAUCUUUCCACUUUCUUCUUCGCCAUUCUCAAAUCCCAUCUUCAAUCGUUUUCACACCUCUUCGAUUCAAAAUUCAUUGUUCUAACAACACAAUUCAAGUUGAAACCCAACCCCCUCGUCGUAUCCGAGUCGAUUUUGAAGUAAAGAAGAAGCGGAAACCCAGGCCUAGCUUCCUCGAACAAAUUCGCCAUAAAUGGUCCACAAAACCCAUUUCCUCAACACAUACCUUCCCCUGGCAGCAGCAAGAACAAGAUAGACAACAUAAACAAGAUGAGGAAGAGGAAGAGGAAGAGGAAGAGGAAGAGGAAGAGGAGGUUGCCAAUCAAACUUCUGUUUCAAUUCGUGAGUCAACAACUGAUGUAACUCAACCGGUUCAAACUCGCUCAAUCUCAGCCCCUUGGGCUCACGGCAGCCAAUCGAGGAACGACCAGUUUGAUUUCAAACCUAAAACGCCAAACGGUGAAGUGAUCAAUGAGAUGUCCAAGAUCUCUACUGAUGAUACUAGUAAUCGAAACGCAAGUACCAUAAGUAUUGAUGAAAUUUCAGAUGAUUCUUCGGAAGACGAGGCGGAAAUUGAUACUGUAGUUCUACCGGUUACUGAAAAACGUUCACUAUUGAGUAAAAAAUUUGUACAUUCGGUCAGUUCGGAUAAUGAUGACAAUGGUCGUGUUGAUUUGCCAUGGAAGAGAGAGCCGCAAAGCGAUUCUGAAGUUGACGCAGGUCAGAGGAGAAGUAAAACAUUAUUGGCUGAGCAAAUGCUUCCUGAGCAUGAACUGCGGAGGCUCAGGAACAUUUCUUUGAGAAUGGUGGAGAGAAUCGAAGUGGGGGUUGCAGGUAUAACUCAAGAACUGUUGGAUUCUAUACAUGAGAAGUGGAAAGUAGAUGAAGUUGUCAAGUUGAAAUUUGAAGGGCCUCUUACUGUCAACAUGAAGAGAGCACACGAGAAAUUAGAGAAUAAAACUGGCGGAUUGGUCAUAUGGAGGUCAGGUAGUUUGAUAGUACUGUAUAGGGGAAUGACAUACCACCUCCCUUGUGUUCAAUCUUAUGCAAAGCAAAAUCAAGCUAGAAGUAAGACAUUGGAUGGUUCAAAUAAUGUAGAAUCUGAUGAUACUACACGCAAUGAGAAGUCACAUACCACAGUCGGAACUAUGAGUACAAUUGUUUCAGGUGCUUCAAAGCAUACCAAGACGUUAUCUAAAAAGGAACUAAUGGAGUUGAGUGAUCUGAACCAUUUGUUAGAUGAGAUAGGUCCGCGUUUUAAAGAUUGGUCAGGGUGUGAGCCAGUGCCUGUUGAUGCAGACCUACUUCCUGGUAUAGUUCCGGGAUACAAACCUCCGACGAGGAUUCUGCCUUAUGGGGUAAGGCAUUGUCUCAGGAACAAGGAGGUGACUGUAUUUCGCAGGCUUGCAAGAAAAAUGCCUCCACAUUUUGCUUUAGGAAGGAAUCGACAACUACAAGGUUUGGCCAAUGCUAUGGUGAAGCUUUGGGAAAAAUGUGCAAUUGCAAAGAUUGCUAUUAAACGAGGUGUAGAAAAUACAAGAAAUGAGAGGAUGGCCGAAGAACUCAGGAUAUUGACAGGAGGAACACUACUCUCUAGAAACAAGGAAUACAUUGUUUUCUAUAGGGGCAACGAUUACCUACCACCCAAUAUCACAGAAGCAUUGAAAGAAAGGCGGAAGCUAGCAGAUCGUCAGCAAGAUGUUGAAGAGCAGGUACGACAGGUGGCUUCUGUUGCAGUUGAGUCGAAAGUGAAAGCUUCAAAUGCUCCGCUGGUUGCUGGAACACUUGCAGAAACCAUUGCAGCAACUUCUCGCUGGGGAAGCCAACCAAGUGGUCAUGAUAUUGAGAAUAUGAGAGAAGAUUCAGCUUUAGCAAAACUCGAUUCUUUAAUCGAAUACCUCAAGAAGAAACUAGCUCUUGCAAAAGGAAAGGUCAAAAACACGGAGAAGAUUAUAGCAAAAUUGCAGGAGAAGAAAGAACCAUCAGAUCUCCCCACUGAUUUGGAAACCAUAACAGAUGAGGAAAGACUUUUAUUCCGUAAGAUCGGUCUCAGUAUGAAACCAUAUCUGCUCUUAGGGAGGCGAGGUGUUUAUGAUGGCACCAUUGAGAACAUGCACUUGCAUUGGAAGUUCAGAGAGUUGGUAAAAAUAAUUGUGAGAGGAAAAACUCUCCAACAAGUCAAACACAUUGCAAUCUCUCUGGAAGCAGAGAGCAACGGAGUGGUGAUUUCUUUGGAUAAAACUACUAAAGGUUACGAAGUUAUUGUUUAUCGUGGGAAGAAUUAUACCCGUCCUGAUGCAAUGAGGCCUAAAAACAUGUUGACAAGAAGACAGGCGUUGGCUCGAUCAAUUGAGCUACAAAGACGUGAGGCACUAAAGCACCAUAUUUUGGAUUUGGAGGAAAAGAUUGAGCUGCUCAAGGCUGAACAGGAAGAAAGGAAAAGUGGGAAAUGGCUCUUGAAAGGUUGACACUUCUUAUCUGGUAGAAACUACGAAGUGUGGUCAGGUGUCCAGAUUUCAAGAUGACUUUGGAUCUCUUUGGCAGCAAUGCCAAUUGUAGAUUGAUUCGAAAUCCAGCAACUAGCCAUCAAGAGAGAAAGGUGACUUAUGGUUUGCAGCGGUGAAGUGCAAAUUUCCUUUCAUUUGGGAGCAAACCAACAAUGUUUCAAGACAAAGAAGUUGAGAGACUGAUGAGCUUAUACAAGUCAAUGGCAUAGCAUAGUUUACCUGCUGAAGGGAUGUCUUGAUGAAGUCCAAAACUACUGUGGCCAACUCUACUUGAUGUAAUUCUGCUGUAUAGUUGUGAUCUGCUCCUUCUAAAAUGUAUAAUUUGUGAUUAGAGAUGAUCUUAUCGAACUCUUUCGCGUCGUCGACAGGGAUUAUUUCAUCUUCAGUUCCAUGUACAGUCAACACUCUGUACACAUUAAUAUGAACAGUCAACACUUUGUACACAUUAAUAUUUCAUUCAUUCAUUAGUGAAGUUAUUUUUCUUCUAAAACAUGAGAACCAAUACAUUUCUUUAUGAGAGAAUUGAGAUGGUUUGGUUUGCAAAGGGAAAAACAAAUAUGGAUUUGAUGACAUUUAUCUUAUGACGUACUUUGAUUUAUAAUAUCA